UGCGUGUGCAACUUUACAAUGUAUGUAAGAAUUCUAAGUUCACCGAACAUGUAAAGUUCAGAAUUGUAAAAUUCUAGGAAUAGCAGCAAUGUUUGAACUUUACAUUUUGUAAUCGUAAUCGCGCAGCUCUCAAUGUAAUGUGGACGAGAAAGACAAUUAUAAUAUUCUAUAGAAAUAAUUUCAUAUUGGUGAUUCCUUUCCAGUCAAGGGAUAAGUGAAUCAGAAUGAUGAACGCUACUUGUAGAUAAUUCUCUUCUAGUUUACGUAGUCCACAUUUUGUAUAAACUAUACGGCAGACACGUGCGUGAUUGAAGAUAUGUUUUCAAUAUUUUCAUUCUAAAACAGACAUAUAAAAAAGUGUUCGUAUAUCCACGACACUUCUUAUUAUCUUCACAUGGAGUGUAAGCUAUUUAUAUACUUUUUGCAGUUUAUAUCUGCAUUUUUUGACUUUUUCAACGUACAGGUAUAUAAAAAAAAGUAAUUAAUUCACAGGGGAAGUGUACAGCAGUUUCAGUGAGUGAGAGAGUAGAGAUACUUAAAUCCCUGCCACGCUUAUUAUCGCAAAGCUGAACAGUCUUCCUUUAGCUAUCUUGGAUAUCAGAAAUGGGCCUUUUUCAAGAAGUGUGCAUCAGAUAUGAGUACUUCUUUGAUGUAUAGGCUCAAUUAAACGUAUAGACUGUGCAAAGACCUCAAAAUAAAAAUGCAUUAAAAGUUGAUGUUUUUUAUAGUGAUUGUGAGUACCUUCGGUGUAAGAUCGCUUUGCUGUUAGUGGCUCUCGGUUCGGUUCGGUUCUGUUUGAUGCACAGAGGAUUGGGGCUCAGCCAUUCCGCCUCAUUCAUAGAAUAUUAGAUUGGCUCUAAUAACGAACUGAUCUUAGCGAUAAUAUCUACGGGUAUACAUUCUCUGAAAGUUCAAGCGUGAAUGUUUUCUUCGCAUGCGGCAAACGUUACCUUAUUGAUUUUAUUCACAGGCGAACCAUAAAACAUCAACUACUCUUACCUUUAUUUUGAGAUCAAAUGCCCGUUAUAUGUCGAGCCAUAAUUGAGAAACACAUGAAGCGGAAUAGAAAACUUCAUCCAAGAUAGAAAAUUUCUUAACUGGAAGUCUCAGAGCUUAUUAUUAACUUAAAACAGAUGGAAAAUAGUUCAACAUUAUGGCAAGAAACCGUAAGAAGGGUUUGCAUUAGAGAGCCAAAAUUGCUGUGUACUCGCACUGAAUCCUUUGUCUUUGAUGUAUAAGUUCCGUAAAAGCAUGCCUUUUUUCAUUUGCAGAUAAAGAUUGCGAGGUCCUAAACGGAUCAGGGGGUGAUAAAAACCUCAAAAACUGUUUACAUCAUGUUCUCGAAGAAAAGUCCGAGUAAAACAUGAUGUAAUCAAACCUGAAAUGCUAUAGCUAUAGUCACUUUAAACGCCGGGGUAUUAGUUAAAUGCGCGAUGACUAUCCAAAAAGCAGCUCCUGUUCUUGAUUCUUUCACUGGUCAGGCAAAAAAAACAAAUCCUGACCAAGAAAACACGACAAGAACUUAUUUACUUAUAGUUUACUGACCAGUGGUCUGAUCAGGCAAACUGGACAUUCUCUAGGGCAGUCAGAAAAGCAAGUCACAUGGCAUGGCGAGCUUGUAAUAAUUUUUGCAAGCCACGUGACGUGGCUUCGCCGCACCCACGGCCACAUAACGUGUCCUGCCGUGGAAAAUCUAGCGUGGCCAUGCCAAGUUUAGAGCGUGUAAGUUCACCUCGGUAGUUGGAUAAAAAGAGCAAGAAUUACGUUUCUUGCCCAUUCUUGCUGAUAAUUGAUUCCCUGCAAGAAAGCAAGAAUUGCGUUUCUCUACGCAUCUUACGCUAGUUUCAAUGUUCGUUCAGAUCGUUUUAAUUCUAAAUUAUUUCCAUUCAAUUCACUGUUUUGUAAACGUUUUAAUGCUUGAUCAACAAAUGUUUUUGAUUUAAAUUCAACAAAACCAUAGCCCAUUGAUAAAAAUUUCCCAGGUUGUUUUAGAUCUUUCUUUUUUGCUAUGAAUACUUUACAUGGACCGAUUGAUGAAAAAUGCUAGAAGAAAAAAUAAAAAAAAGUUUAAUAGAAAAAGCAUGAUUAUAACAGAGCAAAGUGAUUAUAAUACAGAUAAUAUUGUGUAAACUUGAUUAAGAUCGAUUAUAAGGGUUUGGUCCAGUUAUGACGAUAGAUCUCAUUAUAAUUACUCAAUGAUAUCUGGAACAUCUCAAAUAGAGGUCGCUUUUGUUGUAUUCAUUGAUUGGCUAUCAGCUCAUUCCGUUCGUUGAGUACGUUGUGCGUUGAGUAUAUUUUAUUGAAAUGAUGACAUUUGUUGGAAGUACUUUUAUGUAUUGAAAAGACGCUAUAAAGAGGAUUUGUUCAAGGCUGCUUCAAAAGCACAUUUUGAAGAUAUAAAUAAAGAAUUUUUGCUUGGAAAAUUUUUUAGAUUGAUAUUCUUAUUUUACCAAACUAUCUGAUAAAUAAAUUUUUAUUUAUAACAUAAUUUGACAGUUAUUAUCAAUGGACGACGAUGAUGCAAGCUACAUUUGUAGUGGAUCAUCGUUGAUUAAUAAUCAUCUUGCCAAUCUUCCUUCUAAUGUUCGAAAUACGGAUGUGUCUGUAUUUUCAAAAUGUAAAUAUAAACCUUCAACAAGAAGAGGAAAGUUUGGGCAAAAAAAAAGAAAACGUCUUUUUCAAAAGAAAUUGUUGAAAAUAGAUUUACCUCAAAUACAACCUUCAAAGGUUUUUCCACCAUUAAAACGGUAAGUAUCAAAACCAUACGCUUCCUUUGUUUACUUACAGACACUGAUGAGUAGGUUGUAAUGUAUUUUUUAAAUUCUGUUUAGUGUAACUGAAGAAUCAAUUAGCUUUAAAACAACACAAAUAUUUGAUAUCGAUCAUUUCCAACAAGUUUUUAAUAAUGCACAUGUGUGUUCAGAAAAUGGACGUUUAGAAUUUAUAGCUGAUACAUCACCUUCUGUAGGGUUAUGUCACUGUAACACCUUACGUUGUACAAAUUGUGGUAAAAAAACACCUGUUACUAAUUUUGCAUCAAUAGAUCCAGUUAAAUCGGUUCAACAGGAACCUAAUACACUUUUAGUUAUAGCUGUUGCCACAACUGGAAUUAGUUAUAAUGCAACUAAAUGUAUUAUGUCAACAUUAGGUUUAUCAAUAACAAGUGAAGUAGCAUUUUUACACCAAUUACAUAAGUAUUACGAUGCAUUACAUUUUUUUGCAGCACAGAAAUUUCAACAAAUUAUUUGUGAAUUAAAACAUAAAUACAAAAAACAAAAGCAAAUAAUGAACGUUACUAUUUCAUUGGACGGCACUUGGAAGCGCCGAGGACAUGUGUCCAAUUAUGGAAUUGUCUUUUUGAUACAUGUUGAUUCUGGAAAAUGUAUCGAUUAUGAAGUUUUAUCCUUACUAUGUGAAAAAUGCAACAUUAGAAAAGCAACAUUAUCCAGUAAACAAUUCAAAAAAUGGUACCAGAAACAUCAGCCAUAUUGUCAGAAAAAUUUCAAUGGAACAUCUAAAUCAAUGGAGAAGAUUGGCACUAUGAAAUUAUUUGAACGUUCAUUAGCUAAUGGUCUACGUUAUAGAUCUAUGUUAUGUGAUGGUGAUAGUUCUGCUUAUGAAGCAAUAAAAUAUUAUUAUAUUAAUAAAGAACAACAGCAAAUAUUAGGCAGUGAUGAAGAUAUGCAUAGUGUAGAUAGUAAAGAUUCAAGUGGUGAAGGUUCAGAUGGUGAAGAGUCAGGUGGUGAAGAUUUAUUGGUUAUUAAAGAAGAUUGCAUUAAUCACGUCACGAAAAGAGUAAUGAAGCAUUUAACGAAAUUGAAACAAGAAAAGACUCAACGAAUUCCAGCGACUACAACAACUAUGAAAAGUUCUACAUCAUUAUCAUCAUCUAAGAAACAACCAGCAAGACAACAACAACUACUCGAUGACAAUAAAAAAUGGGGUGAUGGUGUUGGAUGA